AUGAGUGCUCAUGCGGAAGAAAACUGCAAGGAAAGCAAUUCUGCCCAGGAAACAUCUGCAGAAGGGAAUGUCUGUUCUGCUAAGGACUGCUCAAUAACACAAAAACAAUUGCAACAAGUCGAGAAACAAUUAAAAUGCUUAGCCUUUCAAAAUCCAGGACCUCAGGUAGCUGACUUCAAUCCUGAAACUAGAAAGCAGAAAAAGAAAGCGUGCAUGUCACAGAUGAAACAAGAUUUAUUUUAUAAGCCCAAAAUUACAAAGAAGUAUGACAAACACGGCAGGCUGCUUUGUAAUAACGUUGACUUGUGUGAUUGCCUGGAAAAGAACUGCCUGGGUUGCUUCUAUCCUUGCCCCAAAUGCAAUUCAAACAAAUGUGGACCAGAAUGUCGCUGCAAUCGGAAAUGGGUUUAUGACACAAUUGAGACUGAAUGUGGGAAUGUGAUCAGCAUGUUGCCAUUUUUAGUCCCUGACUGA